GUAAAUUCCACAGCCUGCUGUUGUUUUGAUAUUCGGACUAAACGUUAAAUCACAACUGCCUGCUUUUAUAUGUUCCGUCAUUUGUCCUAUUUUUUCUGAACAGUUGGCGACUCAAAUAACCGACUCGACUAGCUGUAACACUACCACCACGGUCCGUGAAACUCACGAGGUAGUAAGAGUCCAUGAGUCGCAGUCGGAACCCACCACCCCGGGGUCAAGGGGCAGCGCGAGCCAAACAGAUGGGGCUGCUCCUUGACCUGUCCCCGGAUGGCGGGAUGAACGAUGAGGGAAAUGAUGAAGAGCUGGAGGCAGAGCUGCUGAAUCUGGUGGGUGGAGGAGGAGGGAGAUCACAAGGGAGGAAAGGUGACGGCAAAGCUCCAGUUCCCAUGGCUGAAAUAGAACGAAUGGCAGCUCUUUGUAUGAAAGACCUGGAUGAUGAGGAAAUGGAGGAUGACGAUUUAGAUGAUGAUGAUCUGCUGGCCGAGCUGAAUGAGGUUUUAGAGGAUGAUGAGGAGCAAGCUCCUGCUCCCACCCCCCCUGCCGUCACACCGACUGCUCCCAGAGUGAGCGUCACAUCCCACUCUUCUCCACCUGCUGCUCCCAGCGGUGCAACUGGGUUGGAGUCCAGCCUAUUGGAGCGUAUUGAAAUGUAUAAGACAGCCAUUUCCAAUGCCAAGGCUGCAGGGGAGACGAGCAAAGUUCGAAGAUAUGAUCGUGGCUUAAAGACACUGCAGUCCAUGUUGACAUCCGUCAGGAAAGGAAAACCCGUCAAUGAGGAGGAGAUCCCGCCUCCUGUUGCUCUCGGUGGAAAGCCCAACUCCACAGCCAAGUCUGAAUUUAUCAAGGAACGAGAACCGCCUCAGCCCACGCUGAUGCCCUCUCCUCCCACAAAUCAAAAACCUCUAAGGGAGGCUCCGCCAACUCCUAAUGCGAAACCACUCCAUCUGACCCCUCCCCAAAAGCCUGCUGUUGCCAUCACCCCAGAAACACCUGCCAUCUCUCCCCUCACCCCCUGCCAGCCUGACGCACAGCACUCAGAGCUGAAACAGGCAGUGUUGUCCAGACAGAGGGAGUACAAGAUGGCCGCCAUACACGCCAAACAGAGUGGCAACAUUGACCAGGCCAAACAGCACUGCCUCACUGCUAAGAAGCUGGACAUGCUGGUGGAGGCGCUGGACAGAGAUGAACCAGUAGACCUGAGCUCGCUACCUCCUCCUCCUGGAGAUGUAGUAGCAGAACACUGUGCACCUCCUCCUGCUCAGUCUUCCUCUAAACCUGCCGCCCCUGCCGCUCCUGCACCCACGCAUGUGGCCACUGCCGAUCUGCCUGCUCCCAGCAGCUUGGCAGAAGCCCUGCAGCAGAGGAUGGAUAUAUACAAGUCAGCAGCAGAGGGAGCCAAGAGCAAAGGAGAUGAUCGCAAGGCCCGCAUGCACCAGCGCAUUGUCAAGCAAUACCAGGAUGCCAUCAGAGCUCACAAAGCUGGACGACCAGUCAGCUUGUCAGACCUACCUGUGCCACCAGGCUGUCCACCACUUCAGGGCUCAGAGGGGGGUGAACAGAACUUCAUGGGUGUCCUGGAAACAGCUAUGAAAAUAGCUAAUCAGGAUGCAGAUGGAGAAGAUGAAGAAGAGGAUGGACACAGAGAGGGUGCCAAGCCUGCAGUGCGUCCACCUGCCCAGAAAGCGAAGUCUCCAGCUCCUCCGGCCCCUGGAGGUUCCUCAGCGCUAAAAUUGGGACCUAAAGCUCAGCAGCAAGUUGAUUUCUUGUUGCUAAGGCGACAGGCUUUUUUGCGUGCAGCGCUGCGCUCCAAACAGAUGAAGGACAUGUCUGGAGCAGCGCAGCACCUCAGACACGCCAAGGGACUGGACCCCAUGAUUACAGCUGCCAAGUCUGGCCUGCCUGUUGAUAUCAGCAAGAUUCCCAGUGCUCCAGUCAGUGAGGAGGACUACUCCCUGGCACGCUCCCGCACCUCCCCUCUCUCCCCUCGCUCCAGGGAACAGUACCACGGCCUCAUGGAUCUUUUGCGGAAACAGCAUGAGAAAUGUCUGAGCUACACUCAGCAGUUCAUACAAAUGGGCAGUGUGGCUGAGGCUCUGAGGUUUGAGAAGCUGGCUGAGGAGUGUAUGAAGAGCAUAGAGAUACUGAAGAACGCCCACGCCAAGGGCCAGCCAGUCCCCAAGUGCCGCACAGAGGAGAGGACUUUCAACACUGUCAAGAUCAACUCCAACCUGACCCCUAAUGAGCUGAUUCUGUACAUCAUCAGAGGCAUCAACCUACCAGCUCCCUCAGGUGUCUCAGCUAACGAUCUGGAUGCGAGUGUGAAGUUUGAAUUUCCUUUUCCCAGCGCGGAGGAAGCUCAGAGGGACAAAACCAGCACAGUAAAGAACACCAGCAGUCCAGAGUUUAAAGAGCAGUUCAAACUCAACAUCAACCGCAGCCACAGAGGCUUCAAACGAGUUGUCCAGUCCAAAGGCGUCAAGUUUGAAAUCAUCCACAAGGGUGGCCUGUUUAAGACGGACAAAGUGGUGGGCACCGCUCAGCUGAAGUUGGAGGGUUUAGAAAACCACUCUGAUGUCAGAGAGAUCAUAGACGUUAUGGAUGGACGUAAAGCUACAGGUGGCAAGUUGGAGGUGAGGGUGAAGAUCAGAGAGCCGCUGUCAGGAGUUGAUCUCCAGCCGGUGACAGAGAAGUGGCUGGUUCUCGAUCCUGUGUCCUCCCUUUCUCCUCCAGAGAGACAAAAGGAACGGGCUCCAUCUCCUCGGUCUAAACCCAGACAUGAAGCGAGCAGCAGGAGCAGUCAUUCCGACAACUCUCCUCCACAGUACAAAUUCCACAGCUUCAGCCUCCUCAACUAUGACAGGGAACGGCUGGAGAGAAAGAUGGCAGAGUACCGGAAGACACGGCGGGAUCCCCCAUCUGAGCUCAUCCAUCAACACAAAGAGGUCACACACAGACUGCAGUGGCAGAAAGCACAGCUGGAGCGAGCCUCUCCUGCUCUGCUGACAGAGUAUGAAAAUGUGCUGCGGCGCUUAGCCCAAGGACUCGCUGACUCUGUGAAGAAAUACUCCAGCCAAGGCAACAGGGAUGUUGCUAAGGAUGCACUGGGCAGAUUGAAGAUGGUAGAGAGUGAGCUGGAAUCCCUGAAAAGGAAACGCACUGGAUGAGAAGAGAGUAAGGAGAGUGGAGGCUUGGCUGAAAUACUGUUAUAUCAUCUCUCUCUCUCUCUCUCUCUCUCUCUCUCUCUCUCUCUCUCUCUCUCUCUCUCUCUCUCUCUCUCUCUCUCUCAUAUACAAACACUACAGAGGGUACUUUAAGCAGCACCUUCCACAUUCUGUGCUGCUCAUGUCCAUGACAACUGCAUGAAGCAACCUGAUAAUUCUGUCCGUUCAUCAAAUAACCGGUGUCACUUGUGGUUAAUCGCCUGCCACAGUAAUUAAGAACAAAUCUGUAACUACAAAGGGACACAGAAAUUAAAGCAAGCAUUAGUACAUGUUGAAUAGCUACAGGAGAGGCAGGUUUCUUUGCACUUGAACGAUUACAGAAAGCUGCUUCUAAAGUAUGGCUUUACAGACUUUACCUGCACUCUGUUAAUUGUUUUUUUUAAUUUCCAUUUUACCUUUAAGAAGUGUUGUGAAGAGAUUUGUCAGAAGACUUGAAGUUUUACAUUUGACACCAACUCAGUCUUUUGGUGUCCAUAGAUGACCAAAAAAUGCGUGUAUGUGUGCUCUGAAGUGUGUUUAACCAAUGGACUGAGGUGUUUUUAACCCCUUUUCCCAUAUUUUAUGUGUGUAAUGAGCUUAAUCUAAUCUGUCUGCUCCAGUGUUCCCAGAUUACAGUAAUCUGCUCCGUUUGGAGUGGUGUGAUAUGGGAAUAAAAAAAACGGGGCUUCGGGGCGCCACAGCCUACAUCCCAUAAUGAGGGAUUAGUGUUUGUGUCACCAAGGAGACGACUAGAUCAGACGUAGAGUCGCCUUUGGGGCUGGGGAGAGGGGGUGUUAACAGCGUGCCGUGAAUGUAGUAGAAGCGUAGCUCUGCAAAAGGAUUGCUUCUUCUUCAUCAGCUGUUUCUUCUUUGUUGUCUUCUUCAUCAUCACCUUCUUCACACUAAUUCCUUCACAUAUAUUCAUAGAUUAUUCAGAGUCAUGAGUAAUAGGCUGCUCCACUUGGAUUGCCUUCAAACUCUUAAACAAUAUUAAGUCCAUUGUGCUGUCGAUUACAAAAUAAUUAACAGCUGCUGCGUCAGUGUGCUGCUAUUUUCCUCAGAUUUUGGCAUAUGCAGUUUACAAAACCAGAGUCUGUCCCACGGAGCUCUCCAGAGGCAGCACAGUGGAUGCUGAACAGUCUGCCCACAGAAAGACAACCCAGUACAGUAUGUGUCAGUGAGGCUGGGUAAUUGCUCUUCUCUAUUUCUGUUCCCCCGUCUCUGUCAUUCUUGUCAUUCCUCGCUACUAUACACUUUUUUUGGACUGUGAAGUCAAGGGAACAACAUUCAGACAAACCUGGUAUUAUUAUUAUUUUUUAAAAUAAAAUAUAGAGUGUAGGCACCUUGAAAUUAAUCAUUUUGCCACAACAACACUAGAUGUACAACAACAGUAAUGUGACAUUGCUGCCAUGUAUUCCCUGCUCUGUUUAGUGCUCUUGACAGAUGUUCCCUCCAUGUUUGACAACCUGCUAACCUGCAGCAGAUGCUGCUGAUCUACGUCGAUUGCGUGCAGACAGGAUGUAGCAGACUACUUUAAAUGGGCCUUACUGUAUGUUUUUAUUUGACUCUUCACUGUGGAUGAUGUCUAUUAACGGCACUAAUAGUUUUUUGGUCAUGUGACGCAGCAGAGGAUCAUGUGUCUGCUUUAAUCCACCCACUGCUUCACCCCAUUAGCAAAUAAUCCUGGUUAAAGUUGACCUGAUGUAGACAUCCAUAGACUGUGUUGAUUUUUAUGUAACACCCCUGCCCCCACUUUUUUUAAUCUAUUAGGAGAGGAUUUCUUCUCGCUCUUAUGGCACUUUUGAUCAGUUGAUAUAGUUUUAGAGUGGUUAGGAUAAGACUUAUUGUGACAUAGUUUAAUAUGGGAUGGUGCUUAAAGGAGUGUGCUUGCAACUUUUAGCUCCCUAACUACAAGCACUGUAUAUUUAACAUUUUUGCUGACAGAUUUUCAGUGCAUGCAGGACAGUUCCAGAUUAGUGCAAGCAGCCAAUAGUUUCCAUUUAUUUCCGUACAGUACAAAACUCAUUUAGCAGACUCGUGAACCUUGAGCCAAACAUUUGGCCCACUGAGUUGUGCAAUCCAUCCCAGUAAACAUCAGGUCUGCAUUAAUGUUUGUCAGUGUUGCAUUAUGUGGUAGUGCAGUUUAAAUACAGAUGUAACUGAAAAACUCUGCAUUAACAACAAAGAUGUAAAUGUAAAUUUGACAAAAGCAAUGCAGACUGGAAUUUAGUUUACUAAUUGGUUUUCAGUGUAUGGGUACUCAUAGAAACUGUUUAAAAAAUUCGGACUGCAGCUAAUAUUUAUUUGAAUUGUUGACUACUCUGCUGAUUAGAUUCUCAAUUUACAGAUUACACUGAAGAAUCCCUUUUACAGUUUCCUAAAACUCAAAACAACAGUUUCAGAUUUCUUGUUUUGUCCGACAGUCACUCCAAAACUCAGAGAUAUUUAGUUUCCUGUCACAUAAAACAAAGAAAAGCAGCAGGCUCAUGAUUCAGGAGCUACACAUUCAUUGUUUCAUUUUCAUUUCUGACACAGCAACAUGUUUUGUAGACAGGACGAGCUGUGAUGUCAACUAUAUGUGGUUUGUAGUUCACGGGCUAAAACCUGCAUCACUCACAUGUUUUAACGCUGUUAAACGCACACACACAAAAACUCCAACUGCGCAGCACCCCCUUUCUUUCACUCCAAAACCUUUAACCCUGUGUCACCACAAACACACACACACACACACACUCCUGCCACAUCACCCCGCUCCUCCAGUAACCUCGUGGCCUCAGAGGCUGUCCCGUUGUCAUGGCAACAAGCUCAUCAGCAUUCAGGCUGGUUUUCGGGUGGUCAGGACCCGGGAAGAGGAACAUAUUGUUAAAGUUUGUCCUGCUGGUGACUCACACUCCUUUCUCGCAUUUACAGGACACCACACACACGCUGUCAUUUGUUUUCCUUUUUUUUCCCCCCUACUGUGUAAUCUGACUACACUCCCUUUUAAAAAGGAGAAACUUUGGUGGAUUGUUUGUCAUUAUUCUGUCCUGAUCAGUUGCAUUAAUGUAUUCAUCUGGGCUUGGGAAAAUGCUUUCGUUGAUCCUCUGGCAUUUUGUAAUCUGUGAAGUCAUGUAAGGGCAAUCAGUAUAAAUGUAAUAUUUAUAUACAGUAAAUCUACAGCAUAAUAUGCACUGUCUCUAUUUUUAAGUGUAAGUCAUGAUUUGUGCAGCUCAAAAGGGGAAUGUAUGAAGGCCUGAUUGUUUAGGCUUUAUUAUCUUAUGUAUGAGGUCGGUGUUAACAUGAAUAAAAUGGUGAA